UUGCCCAGCAAAAAUUUUUUUUAUUUUUUUUUUUAAUUUUAUAUUUUUAUAGAAUUCAAUUUUAUGAGAGAUGCAUCGAACAUUCCUUCGAUCAGACAGUAAUGAUUUAAUUAGAUUGCAUUCUUUCAAUUCAUUGACGGCACGCAGCUUACAACACGACAUAAAUUCUUUUGCUAUAAUAAACAAAUUGAUUGAAGAACUUCAAAAAGUCAAAGGCGAACAAAAUCAAUUAAUUACCAAAAAUAAACAACUCGAAGAAGCUUUAAAACAAAGCCGACGGGAAUUGUUUGGGGCCAAAAAGGAGAUUGAGCAACUUCGUGUUGUUAAUCAAAAUUUUGUUGACAGACAUUCUCAGGAACAAACUCUAGUUAACACAACAUACACAAAGUCCACAGAAAUGCCUGUGCCGCCAAAAAAUCGAAAGAGAACUGCUGACGAACAACAUAAAAAUUAUUGUAGCGAAAGAGAUGGUUCGCCGCCAGAAAAAAUUUUGAAGCCUCACAAAAAGGAGAACAGUCGAUUGCUUGGUGUCAGGAAUACUCGUAUCUCCAGCUCUUGUGACGAUUUGUAA